AUCCUUUUAAAUUUCUAGAUGCAGAAAAUUGUUAGGUUAGUUUUGUUGUCAUGCUCUGAAAUCGAGGAAACUUAUUUUGAUUUUUAACGCCACAGAAGUGUAAAGUAUUGAGAAACAUUUAAUAAUCUAAUCCAAAUAUCGAGAAAAUGGUAGAAAUGACAGAUUUCGAAGCAGUGGUGCUAGCUGCUGGAAAAGGAUCUCGAAUGAUGGAAGUGACAGCUGGAAAACCGAAAUGUUUACUGCCAAUCGGCAAUUUUCCAAUGAUUUGGUAUCCUCUUCGGCUUUUGGAACAUGCUGGGUUUUCAUCAACUUUUGUUGUUGUCUCGGAAUCAGCGAAAAGUGAAAUAAUCAACACACUAGAAAAACUUAACCUCAAAAUUAAGUUGGAUUUUAUCGGAAUCUCCGAAGAUGAUUUAGGAACGGCAGAUUCCAUGAGGAUCAUACAAGAAAAAAUAAAGAAAGACUGUCUAGUAAUUUCUUGUGAUUUGAUCGCAAAUGUUGACAUCACCCCACUUUUGGAUUUGUAUAGAAAAAACAAUGCUAGUAUUGCGGCUUUAAUGCUUCCUGUUCCGAAAAUUGCUGAGGAUUGUAUAAUUGCUGGACCCAAAAGUAAACAGAAACCAGAAAUCGACCUCAUUGGUAUUGAAAAUACAACGAAUCGUCUGGUCUUUUUUGCAUCAGCUUCCGAUUUUGAGGAAAAUGUUUUCUUAUCCUCGAAACUUGCCAGGAAACACACGGAUUUUAAUAUCCAUUCGAAAUUGUUGGAUGCUCACCUUUAUGUUAUUAAUAAGUGGGUUUUAAACUUCUUAGCUUUCAACAAAAGUUUUAGCUCCAUAAAAGGAGACUUGUUGCCUUACGUUAUUUCUAAGCAAUUAACGAAGCCUCCGAAACCUCUAGCAGAAGAUAAAAAUAAUUCCGUCGUGAAGCUCGACAUAAAGGAAGACAUACAUCGUUUUUGCAGUGAAAAUCCUCUCGAAGCUCUUGUUAGGGAAAUGUCUUCUUUCAACGACUGCAAUUCGAACUUAGACGAUCCCUAUCAUGGAGAUAUUAUAAGAUGUUACGCUUACAAAAUAAGCGAACAAUGUGGUUUAAGGGCAAAUACAAUUCAAAUGUAUAGUUUAGCAAAUGCAACGAUUGACAAAUUGUGGAAGAUCGGAAGCAACAAUGUAUCACAAAAUGCUACUGUAAAAAGUACACAAGUUCAGGAAUGUCGAAUUGAUAAUAAUGCUUUUAUUGAUGAAAGAACUUCUUUGAAACAAAGCAAUAUUGGAGCGAAAGCUACUGUUGAAACAAAAACUAGAAUUGCUAAUAGUAUAUUAAUGGAUAACGUGACGAUUAAACAAAAAUGUGCUAUUACUAAUAGCAUUCUAUGCAAUGGCUGUGUAAUUGAAGAAGGAACAAUUUUGAAAAAUUGUUUGGUUGGUGCCAAGUUUACAGUUCCAAGUGGUGGAGAUCAUUCUCACGAAAUGUUAACUGACGCGGAUGAACUCAUGGAAAUUUAAACUUAUAUUUUAAUAAACAGUUUAUGAAAUUCUGUAAAUGCCUGUUGUAAUUAAAUUAGUAAUUUUCUAA